CAAUUUAUAAUCGAGUAGAGUCCACCCGACCCAAACCCGAUAUCAUUCCCCCAGUCGGUCGGUCUUAGAUCUCCGUUGUCUGUGUAAGGACGAGCAAACAAGCCCCAGGAGGAAUUACAGACCGUUCACACAUACCUAGAGCAAUCUCACGUACGUAAGCAUGGGAGAGGAAGGAGAAACCGUAGAACAACGUCGAAGCUCUCUUGCGGCACCUCUCGUCUUCCUCAUCGUUCUUGUCUUCCAUUUCCUCUCCAGGUGGCUCGAGCAAUUGAAGAAGAGGGGAUCAAAGAAUGAAACGGAAAUCCAGUUGCGUGCAGAGAUAAAGCAACUCCUGAUAGAGGCAAGCUCCUUGUCACAGCCAUCAACAUUUGCACAAGCUGCAAAACUUAGGAGGAUAGCAGCUGCUAAGGAGAAGGAACUUGCAAACUGUCAGCAAGUACAUACCCAAGUAAUCAAAGGGUCCUAUGACUUGUCUCUGAAAAUCCUGUUUAUUUCAAAGGUUGUAACAUAUAUUGUGUUGGUUUACUGGUUUUGGAGGGCUCCUGUUGCUGCCAUAUCUCGGCAAUUGGUGCAACCCUUUGGGCACGUGUUAUCUUGGGGAGCUGGAGGUUCGCUGAACGACUAUGUCAUGGUUGGGAUCAUACCGUGGUUGAUAUUGUCUACUAGAGUUAGCAAAUUUUUGAGCCAACUCUGCAAAUAGUAAAAGACUGCAAAAAUCUGCUAAUCUUCACCAUGAAGAGAAUUACUGACGUUGAUAAGCAGGAGCAGCAUUGAUAGUUUUCUUCUCUUUUUCUUGAUGUUUGAAAAGGGAAAAACAAGUGAUUUCUUCAACCAAAUCUACAAGAUUCGUUUUUCUUUUGUUGUCAGUUUGUAAAAUUCUUGUUAAUUAUUUGGGAAGAAGAUGAGAAUAAAAUGAAGCAUAAAAUUAUGGUGUGGCUGCGCUUUGUUAUGUGGA